AUGAGGCCGUGGGCGUGGGUGGCGGCCGUCACAUGGAUGGCUGCCUGCACCGCCGCGGCGGCCCACGGCGAGCAGCCGCUGUCGAUGAUCGCCGUCGAGAGGACCACCCUCGCCGUCGACGACGCGGCGCACGUCAAGGCGUCCCCUCCGGUUCUUGGACUGGAGGGCCAGGACAGUGGAUGGGUAGAGGUGGACUUCUUCCAUCCCAACCCCUCCGGUGAUGACUGGAUCGGAGUCUUCUCUCCUGCCAAUUUCAGGUAA